UAAUCAGAUUCCUGCUGUCUGCAGGAAUUCCAUAUUAACCUCUACAAUGUAAAUGUAAAUGUUAAACUCUACAUUAAACAUUAAAUUCCAAAUAAUCACGUCGGUGUUUUCGCUGCAACAAUGGUCCUGACGAAGGAAUACCGGAUAUGCAUGCCAAUCAGCGUUCAAGAGUAUCAUGUUGGUCAACUGUACAUGAUUGCAAGACACAGCAAAGAACAGUCUGGUGGUGGUGAGGGCGUCGAGGUGGUUGAGAACCGGCAAUGCGAGGAUCCCGAGCACGGCUGCGGCGUUUACACCGAGAAGCGUAUUCAUCUCUCCACGCGUCUUCCCUACUGGGUGCAGAGUCUCCUGCCCAAAGUGUUUUACAUCACAGAGAAGGCCUGGAACUACUACCCAUUCACCAUCACUGAGUACAAUUGCUCAUUCCUGCCGUUUUCCAUCUCAAUCAAAACCUGUUAUGAAAACAACAGCGGCAGCUCAGAAAACGCGCUCAAACUGAGUCAAGCUGAGGCUGCGAAUCGAAUUGUUGAACAUAUUGAUAUUGCUUAUGAUGAAGUCAGUCCCAAGCAUUAUAAAGAAGAGGAAGACCCACGUUUCUUUCAGAGUAGCAAGACACACCGUGGGCCGUUGGUAGAGGGUUGGCGUACAACACAUCAACCGAUCAUGUGUUCCUAUAAAUUGGUAAGCGCGUAUUUUGAAGUGUGGGGUCUGCAGACCAGAGUCGAAGAGUUUAUUCACUCUUGUAUCAAAGAGGUGCUCCUUGUGGGGCAUAGGCAAGCAUUUGCAUGGAUUGACGACUGGAUCGACAUGUCCUAUCCAGAUGUACGCAAAUAUGAAAUGCGUGUGCAAGCCGAGACUAAUUCUUUGGUACAAACCGGAGGAGAUCCAGAAAAGUGCGCGGAUGCUGCCCAGGAGGAUACUGCUGCUAGCGGGGACGCAGAGACAAGGUCUGAGCCCAGGUCGGAACCACGCACACCGCUGGAAGGCUACUUUUCCGGCUGGUUUAGUUCCUAGGAUUGUAGACGUCGAUGCAGAACCGCCUGAAGCGUACAAAUCGUCGAAUAUUAACUACGAAUAGCGGAGGACGAAUUUGCAGGUCGUGCACAUGUACUUAACCCAAAGAAUUGUUUGUAUAGAGUUUAAUUUAUGUGCUGGGGAUGACAUAUUAGGCUGGAUAGAUGUAUGUGUCAUGAUAACACUUUGAUUUGCACACCGGGAGAGAAAGCUUUAAGUUUUAGUUGAAUAUCCAAACCUCUGACCAUGCCAUAUCUUAUAAUAUCUUGUAUAAUGACAUUGAACAUGAUAGAAUUGGUAAUUCUCACAAAACUGGUUGGUUUUUGUGUUUUAUUUGCCACCGGAUGAUUGAAAUUUAUUGUUUUAAUGCAAGAUUGUAUUUUGAAUAAAUGUCACUUGCUGCAA